GAAGAGUUUGAGCUCGCUUGCAUGCUUUAGCUGCUGUUUUACAUAAUGGCCGUCAGAGGGCGUUCCAAGCUACACGCGGCGGAAUUUAAAGCAAGAGUACCCGGAUAGAAAGGUGAAAGGUUGUGUGGCAAGAUGGCUGCCCCCAUGGAUGACAUGUUUUCCUUCUGCGUGGACCCCGGCAAAGUUGCUGGCGGUGUUGAUGUGAGAUUCAUCGACAACAUCAAGGGAAAAGGUCUGUUUGCCAAGAGAAGCAUCAAGAAGGGAGGGACCAUUUUCAUUGAGCGCCCACUCGUUAGUGCCCAGUUUCUGUGGAAUGCGUUGUAUAAAUAUCAAGCAUGCGAGUACUGCUUGCGAGCGCUGGAGACAGCAGAGGACAAUGCAAGACGACUCAGCAGCAACCCUGCACUCAGCCUUCCGUACCCUGAACUCUGCCGGGUUCGACCAGAGCUCCACCAAGUCUGCCCUCAGUGUCAGGUGAUGUACUGCAGCGCUGAGUGUCGGCAAGCGGCGGCGGAUCAGUACCACCGAGCUCUGUGUCUCGGCCCGUCCCAGGAAGAUCCAGACCACCCCGUCAACAAGCUGAAAGACGCAUGGAGGAGCGUCCACUAUCCUCCUGAGACCUCCAGCAUCAUGUUGAUGGCCAGAAUGGUCGCCACUGUCAAACAAGCCAAAGAAAAAGCACACUGGCAGAAGCUGUUCUCGCACUUCUGCAGCCGCACAGCCAAUGAGGAAGAGGAGCUGGCCCACAAGCUGCUGGGGGAGAAGUUCAGAGAUCAGCUGGCUUUUCUGCAGCGUCUUUUCAAAGAAGCUCUGUAUGAUGACCAUCUCAGUAGGUGGUUUGUUCCCGAGGGUUUCCGCUCGCUGUUCGCUCUGGUUGGAACCAACGGACAAGGCAUUGGAACAAGCUCCCUUAGUCAGUGGGUUCAUGCCUGCGAUGCAGCUGAUCUUCCUGCCCAGCAGAGGGCGCAGUUGGACUCCUUUAUCGACCAGCUGUACAAAGACAUUGAGAGAGAAACGGGAGACUUUCUAAACUGUGAAGGCUCAGGUCUCUUUUUACUCCAAAGCUCGUGCAAUCACAGCUGCAUGCCAAAUGCCGAGGCUUCCUUCCCGGACAACAACUUCCUGCUUCACCUCAGUGCCCUCAGCGACAUCAAUCCUGGAGAGGAGAUCUGCAUCAGUUAUUUGGACUGCUGUCAGCGGGACAGAAGCCGCCAUAGCAGACACAAAAUUCUGAGGGAGAACUACAUGUUUGUUUGCUCGUGUCUCAAGUGCGUCUCCCAGUUGGACGAGCCGGAUGUGACGUCUGACGAGGAGGAAGAGGAGGCUGAAGGUGAAACGGAGGGCGAUGAGAUGGAGGAUGAGAUGACGGACGUGUGAUUUAUAUUAAAAAGAGCUGACGUUGUAGUCAUCCAUCCUCCCGCAGGACACAAGGAUAAACACGAGUGCUACUUUUCACAGAUCCAUCCCCUCAACGCCUUUCAGCUUUUUUUUUUUUAUUUUUAUUUUCGAGACUCUCCUGGAUCAGUCAAUGUUUAUUUGUAUAGAAUGUAUUUAAAACUGCAGUAAACAGAAGAGUUUUAUGGAAAACUGGAUGAUGACAUCAAGCACUGUCAUCAAAACGAGCAGCAUCUUUCCUUUUGUCACCCUGACUCUACCAAGGAACCGUGAGGGACACACUCUAAAGACGGGCCGCACGCUGGCUUAGUGAUUAUCAUCUUGGCCGCAAAGUUAGUUUGUAUGAGAAUAGCUCUGUGUGGAGUUUGCAUGUUCUUCCUGUGCGUGGGUUUUCUCCGGGCACUCUGGCUUCCUCCCACAAUCCAAAUGUUAGGUUAGGUUAAUUGGAGACUCUAAAUUGUCCAUAGGUAGGAAUGUGAGCGUGAAUGGUUGUUUGUCUACAUGUGCCUUGCUAUUAUUGGCUGGUGAGUAGUCCAGGGUGUACCCUGCCUCUUGCCUAAAGUCAGCUGGGAUAGGCUCCAGCAUACCCCCACGACCCUAAUUAGGAUAAGCGGCAUAGAAAAUGGAUGAAUGGAUUUUUUUCUCGUAAUAACUUUUUCCCUAAACAUUCCCAUUUUAUGGCUUUUUUUCUUAGAAGAGCGUUCAAUAUUAUGACUUGUCUUACGUCAUAUUUUCUGUCUUUCAGUGGGUCCUUGAUAAUUCUUUGCAUCGUACAUCCUCCUUAUGUAACCCUGGAAACGGUGUGUGUGUGUCUGUCUCUGUCUCUGAGUGAGUCAUUGUUCAGCUUUUGUAUAUGUCCACACGCAAAGGUGAAAGCGUACACUUAAAUUCAAGUGUCACAAGUAGCGCUUUAGGUGAGUGGAAGCCAUUGUCACAAUGGUGCUUCAAUGAUGGUAUACAUAUACUGUACUGUAUGUACUGUACGCUGAUGUAAGUAUUAAAAACAGCUGUCAGUCUGAU